GUGUGUGCAUAGCAUAACCUCGUGUGAAGCGUGGGCCAUCCUACUUCUCCGCUUCCUAGCCAGCUAGACCUCCAUCUCUCACUCACAACCAUCUCAAGGCUCGAGGAACGCAGAACGAACGCCAACAACUUACUUGUAAGUCUUUUAAACCAUCGAUCAUCAUCUGGUAGACCAUCUUCAUCUAUAAAAGGGCUGAAUUUCUCUCCGAUUCAUCUGCUAAUACUGUCUGCUUGUCGCAGGUUCUCGAUCGAUUGAACGACCGCCGAAUCCCAAUGUCUGCAUGAUAGACCCCUAACGGCAUCCCUUUCGACCAGCUGUAAGUUGUUUUCAAUAUUACAUCGUAUGCGAUCAAGGAAUCGCACUGUUUUAUAUCCCAUGAGACCUUGCUCUCCUGCUGGGUCUGCUGCUCUCCUCCUUGAUCAGCCCCGAAGCGCCAGGGAAUGCCGCGCACUCCACAAUCCCAUCAUUUCCUCCUACCUUCCAUCAAAUCUUUCUUUAGUAUCAUACCCAAGCAUAUCCUCAAGCAUACUGACCACAUUUUCUAUUCAGUUCGAGAUUUCGUACCACAGUCGUUCUGUCCAGCUUCGUCCCCCUACAUUUGCGACAACCGGCCCCAUCCGCCAGCACACAACCUUCCCACCUCAACCCACAGCGAUCAUUUCACAACCAGUGACUGCAAUCGUCCGAGAAAUAUUCUGCUUGCAAGGGAAUGGAACUUCCCAAUCUUCUUUCUGGCUCAGAAUCCUCAAACGCACAAAUUCCUUUUCUCGGCGCCGACGCUCCUCCUUCGACUCAUUCGUAUCCGACCCGGAACACAAUGACAGGCAUGGACGUGGGAACUGGCAACCAGAGAAUGGCUACACCACCAGCUCUCUAUGGGGCUGCUCAAUCCAGUACAACAACCCCACACUCUACAAGCAUGUCGCCAUUUGGAAGUCCAACACCCAAGAGUGUCGCAUUCGAGCUCCUUUUCCCCGAUUCACCCCAAUAUCGUGCGCGACUACCCAUGAGGGUCCAAAUUUUUCCACAUGAUACCACAGACUCGAUUGUAACAACAGUCAAGAAUUUCUAUGGCCUCUAUGCUGGUCCUGGCGGUGCCAAAGGGGUCAGUUUUGAGGAUGAUCAAGGAAACACUCUCAUUGCACGAUACGAGAACCUGCGAAACAACAUGGUCGUAUAUGUUCGAGUAAUUGAGGAGCCAGCACCAGGAGCUAGCGCAUAUGGUCCAGCAUCAUAUCACUCUGGCUCACCAAUUAUGCAGCAGGCGUACUAUCCUGGCGAUGGUCACCACAUGCCUCCUCCCCAACCAGCACAAGCGCUUAGUUAUGGUCAGCCUCUCUCCAGACCAACCUCGAGGACUUCUAGAAAGCGCAGUAUCUCUCCAAAUGGCGGUCAAGGUCGUGGUCGUCGAAGCGCAUCUGCUAGCACAAACCCGCCACCCAUGAAGAAGAGCCGAUCGCGAUCGGGCUUCAAGAGCAGAGGAUCGAGCGCACAUGGCAGCUUUGCAGACAAUCACAGUGAUGGCUUGAACGGAUACAGCAGCGGAGAUGGAGCACCUGGCUCGGUUUCUAGCAGAACAAAAAGUGAGCACAUUGGAAACACAGAGAUCAGUUUGGACAAUAUUGUGGAGGGUGGGAGACGCAAGCGAGCGAAAUUUGAGAGCUCAGAAUUACCUUUGUUUGCUCCUCCGCAAAUGCCAGCUGCCACUUCGAACUCUUCCGUUUCACCCGCUCGUCGCAUGGAGCAUCAGCGAUCAGCAUUUCCCUUUACCAACCCUUCACACAACCCGUUCUCGAACCCACAGCCUCUGCAAUCACCGCAGAGUUACAGCAAUGGUUUUGGUCAACCUGGGAUGUACACUACACCGGCCCCAGGUCGUCGCACAAGAGGAGCUGCAGGAUACCCACCAAACCGCCAAUCAAUUGGCAGCACACCUGGCGGCAACAGCUCCGGUAUACUUCCUACACCAGAUCCAACUGUUGGCAGUUGUGUUUCUGAGGAGGACAAGGAUGUAGCACUUCAAUUGAUGAGAUUGGGCGAGAUGUCAAAUAUCUCCCACGGACGCACUUCCGCCUCCACGCUUGACGACACAUUCAGCGGCAAGGCAGAUGCUGCUUCCUCCACAGGAGCUACUUCUGAUAGUGAGAGUGAGAGUGAGCCUGAGCUUCCACCUCCACGUCGCAUGAAGCGUGAAGCCAGCCCAAUUCUUCCACCCGGUCACGUAAAGAAGUUCCGCCAACACUUGGAUGAUAUCUUGCCCAGCCAAGAUAGCACAGAACCAAGUGGAGACGAGGGUGACUACGAAGAUGGCCGUGACGAAACAUUCAAGCCUGGUUUCAAAGAUGACCCCAUGGAUGUGGAUGACAAGCAUAAGGGGUCCAAGUCUAAGAGUGUACCGAUAAUGGGCAAGCCCCGGACAAGCGCAUCUGGAGUUAAGGUCAAGUCAAAAUUGAAGACCUCACGUCCAGGCCAGGUCAAGUCAAAGAAGUCAGUCAGUGCUCCAACCAGCGCCAAGCCAAUCUCUCCAACAUCCUUGCCUUCGCAAUCGCGCAAGACCUCCAAUGCAUCUGCACUAAAUUUCCAGAAUCAGCUCGGUGAAGAUGAAGAGGAUCUUUCAUCCAAGCCCCGCUGUCAGCGAUGCCGCAAGAGUAAGAAGGGUUGCGACCGUCAGCGCCCUUGCCAGCGAUGCAAAGAUGCCGGCCUCAGCGCAGACCAAUGCGUCAGUGAGGACGAGGGCAAUGGUCGCAAGGGCCGGUAUGGACGACACAUGGGUGUACCCGUCAAGAAGGAUGACCUUACAGUGGAGAUGGGCUUCUUGCCGCCGACAGCGACAGCUGGCGGUCAAGGCAGCCCAGAUAAGAGCAAGAAGAGAAAACGGUAGUUGGACGGACGAGUGGGUCUCAGCCCCGGUACGAGUCAUUGCCCCGAGCUUUGAUCGGAUUUUGACAGCACUUCAUUCGUGCAUUAACGAUUAUCUCCUCUCGUCGCACUACAUCUCUCAUUACCUCCCGGUACACGUCAACACAAAAGCCCUUCAUGGACCUUAUCCGGACCCUCUUUCCUCAAAAUUUUCCUUCCGCAUACGCACUUCAGCUGCCGAGUCUGGGGUACUUGGCGUUUUGCUCCAUUUAAUUCUGUUAGGGCUAACAAGUCCCAGCAUGGCGUUUUGUUCGUUCGUACUUCCUGUUUGUUUCCGUUUCGCUCAAGUCGAAUUAGUCUGUUGUAAUUUGGUUUAGUCAAAUCCUGGCAGUACGUAUUGUCUGGUCUAUCCUUUGAGUUGGGUUACUUGAAAGGGAGGAAGAGGGAUUAGAUCGGGAGAUCGGAAUGGAAUGGCAGGGAUGGGAAGAAAGCGGAGGCCGGUAUACCUUACCUUACACUCCUUUAUGAUUGACGCAUGAACAUAUUAUACGAUUCUCCUUAUUUGGCGCGUGGCUCUGCGUUGAUUCGUCUGUGUUUGUGUCGUUGAUCCUAUGCAUUUUCUUUGGCUUCCUGUUGUCUCCUUCUCUUUUUUCAAAGUGGCUGUUAGUUCAUGGUAGGGUGUGUCGUGCAUAUUCUCGUGCAAGGGGAUCUGUAGUGGUCGUGGUGGAUAUAUCAACUUCUGCGCUUGCAAUCAGUAGCAGCAGCCAGUAUUUCUCGUUCAGUUCUGCUCAGUUCUGUUCUGUUCAAUUCUCAAAUCCUUGUUUUCCAAGUGUGCGCUCUAGGGUCUGGCUGGCUGGUGUGAUCUCAAUCCAGGGCUGCAUUGGAUGGUUUGGACGUGGGUGUAAAGGGAGGUGGAUAUCAAGACAGCAAAACAAGCAAGCUGGCGGGUCGAGAUACAAAAUGGAUACAAUUCGAUGCAACAAUGCACUCAGCUGUGUGUGGGGAGAAUCAUAACGAUCGGUCGACAAGACCAAAAGAUGAAAGGAAAGGAAAGCAAAAUUGUUUGUUAGCAGUUGUGAGAGUUUGUGUCUCUUUCGGCAAACAAACUCAACACAAAACAAAACACCCCCAGAUGACACUACUUACACACAUACCCACAACAAAAAGCCACAGUACUGUAAAUGGGAAUGAGGAGUCUAGGCUGGAUCUGGUUCGGUUUGAUUGGUGUGUUGAUUGAUUUGGCUUGGCUUGGUUUUGGGAAGGGUUUGGGAAGGUUUUGGGAUGGGAUGGGAAUGGGAAUGGGAAGAACUUGUUCUUAUAUCGGAUUACAGAAUAUCAAAUCGAAAUAGGAAUGCAUACCAAUCAUUCCAUGGAUUCAUUACCCUUCCGUUGGUCUCAAUACCUAAAUACCUAUCUGCGUGGAUGAGAAGAGCUCCCAGUUGGCUAUGUCCGCAUCAGGAGCGCUUGUAAGCUGACAUGAUCAUUUGAAGCAUACAUGUGAUUCAUUAAAUAUCCUGGGCGGCACUCUGUGGACACAAUCUACCUCAUAAUAUCGAGUCGCAUCGCAUCCCCCGUCCCAUCCAAAUACCAUCAGCUCACCCUCCACCUGUACCACACAAAUACAUGCUUACCCUUUACUUCCCUCUCCCCCAUUAGGUAUCCCUCUCUCUACCUAUCUCCUACCACACUUUCUCACUGUACACCUAUCUUGAAAGCCAAAAGAAAUUAAUCCGCCACCCUCCGCAUCCUGCAAGCCAGAGGUCUGGAGUCUGGACUCGGGAGAGACAGGGAUGGAGAAUUGGAAAAUGUUGGAUAGUGAGCGGGGUAGUCCCGCGUUCCAUAAUUCGGACGGCGGGAGAUACAGUAAGAGGGAAUAAGGCUUGGCAGGAGCGGAACUUGUGGAACUGGGCGGAAGGGAGCGAGGGAAAAGUGGGGCGGAGGAAAGCGAUGGACGGAUCCGAUGUAAACAUCCCGAAGAGGCAAGGUAGGUGAGGAGCCUGAUCUAGGUAGACGCUUUGGAGGCAGGAUAAAAAAGAAUGUUUCUCCAUGCGGUUGUUCAAUUACGAGGACGUACACUUUACAUCAGAGGGAAGUGUGGGUCAGGUACAGACAGGUACAAGCCCCGUCAAUUUGGAGUUGGUGCGAUGAUGGUUUGCAUCCGGUAUUCCACUAGAUCUCAAGUUUGGGCGGUUCCUGGUAUGACAUAAUUCCAGAUCUCAAAGGAGCCGACGGGAGGGGAUUCGAGCUUAGUGUAGCCAAA